CAAGGCGGCAGCGUCACGUGACCGCCAAUGCGCGCAAACAAGUAUGUGACUUUCUUCCGCGCUCAAACGAGCUUACCAAUAACCAAAAAUGGGCACUAUUAUGUUUUCCAAACGCCAUUUUUCAAGACGCUGAGAAUUCGGAACUAACAGAAGUGGACUGGCGGGAGAACUGUCAGCCACAUCGCAGCUGCUCCACGUUUAUUAUUGUGUUGCUUAUUUUCCUUGGCGUCAUUGAAGGCGUGUCCGCCGCCCGUUGAAGACACAGAAAAUGACACCUUCGCCCACGUUGACUUGUUGGAUUUGAUGAGUCGGGUCGCGGGGGCAGCAGCCUAAGCAGGGAAGCCCAGACUUUCCUCUCCCGAGGCGUUCCCAGGCCAGCCGGGAGACAUAGUCUGCCCAACAUGUCCUGGGUCUUCCCCGUGGCCUCCUACCGGUCGAAGGUGCCCUAAACACCUACGGGAGCAGGCGGCGUGCAAGGACACCCAGAGGAGAAGAUGAUGACCAGGGAGGAGUGACACAGGAAGUGGAACUGCCAGGAGUCAUUGGACACUGUUUUUUUCCUGCUGCUGGAUAAGUUUGACAGGCAAGAUUAGAAGACUGAAGCUGAGUGUUAUGAUUUGAAGAAGGUGCUGGCACAGCAUGGGUUUGUAGCGGGCACGUGGCGCUGCAGUGACCAUGCUGACGUGAUGGUGGCAGCGAGGCAGGGUCGCCGCGGCCUGGCAACAACACUCCUGACCACCAUGCUUUUUCUUGUGGACAGACUCCAACAUUGAACCCCGCUAUCUGUCUCUGCCCGGUCAAACUUCAGCUGCCGCUUUUCCCAGCGAAAGCCAACAAAGCUUCAGGGCCGGAAAUUGCUCCUUUUUUUUUUUCCCUCCAGCAUUAGUCACCCCCGACCUGAGCUCGCCGUCCACUCCGGUUGCCGCGUUCCCCGGGCGAUGGCGGUCAGCAUGAGCAUGGGGCGGGACACCAAAUGGUUGACGCUGGAAGUGUGUCGGGAGUUCCAGCGAGGCACCUGCUCGCGCUCGGACGCCGACUGCAAGUUCGCCCACCCCUCCCGCAGCUGCCACGUGGACAACGGCAGGGUCAUCGCCUGCUUCGACUCCCUCAAGGGCCGCUGCACGCGAGAGAACUGCAAGUACCUGCACCCGCCUCCACACCUGAAGACCCAGCUGGAGAUUAACGGCAGGAACAACCUGAUCCAGCAGAAGGCAGCGGCGGCCAUGUUGGCUCAACAGAUGCAGUUCAUAAUGCCUGGAGCCCAGCUGCAGCCCAUUACUACAUUCCCACUCACACCCUCCCUGGCAAGCAGUCCCAGUAUGGCCUUCAGUCCCUACCUGAGCCACAUGGGCCCCGGCAUGGGCUUGAUGCCCGAGAUGUUGCCCUGCACGCCCCUGCUGGUCCCUGGAAGUCCCACCGGCCUGGCGUCCAUGGGGAACGGCACGGCCGGACCCAAGCACGCACGCACAGACAAGCUGGAGGUUUGUCGAGAGUUCCAGCGCGGGAACUGCACGCGGGGGGAGAGCGACUGUCGCUACGCUCACCCCCUGGAGGCGGGCAUGGUGGACUGCAACGAGAACUCGGUCAUCGUCUGCAUGGACUACAUCAAGGGGCGGUGCAGCAGGGACAAGUGCAAGUACUUCCACCCUCCCACUCACCUGCAGGCCAGGAUCAAGGCGGGCCAGCACCAAGCUGGACCAAACACCGCUUCUGCCGCCUUGCCGUGUGGUCAGGGUCUGCCACCAGGAGGCGUGCAGUCGCUACCCAAGAGGACCAUGAUGGACAAGAGCAACGAUGUCGGUGCCACGGUCUUCAACCCAAACAUGUUCCACUACCAGCAGGCCCUGACCAGCAUGCAACUCCAGCAGCCCGCCUUCAUCCCCACUGUAGAACCUUCCGAGCUCCUGACGCCGGAGCCAGUGGAGCUACAGUGCGUGCCCAUGGAAACACACCUCUGCCCGGUCCCCAAACUGCUGAUGGCGGCUCCGGUGGCGCUCAAUUCAGUAAGCCUUUCCCGACACGCCAGUUAAGCUCCCCAAAGUCAGGUGCGGAGCAGCGAGGCGAGGCGAGCGCUCCGUGCUUGUAAGGGCGCCGGUCCGGGAGGCUCUCCAGCCGCCAUGUUCCUACAGCCAUACAUACCAACACCUUAAAGUGCACACACCACAUGCACGCAAACAAGACUAAUGAAGACACACCAAGAAAAGACCCUUUAUGGGUUGGACUCAUCUCAUAAGGCAGCCCAACCUUUGACUGUUCAAAGUCAGAAGCUAGUUCUGGAAGAAGAAGAAGGGGAAUAGUCGAAUGGCUUCACCACCAUGACAUGUUUACAGGUGGAUCCUCCUUCAACUUUUGCUUUGUCCUACGCGGGCGACUUGGUUGCGCCUUGGUUUUAGCUGCGGAGGAAACUUGAAAGCAACAUAAAAAAGUCCAAAAGGAUUUGAUAAAGGCAAACAAUAUUUGUAUUGUCAGUCUUCAAAAUCCAAACUACCGUAUUUCCUUGAAUUGCCGCCGGCGCGCUAAUUAAUUUAAAACCUCUUCUCACUCCGGCGCUUACCAAAGGCAUGCGGUAAAUUUAGGCCUGCGCUUAUAAAUUUGAGUGUGAUGUAAGGAUACCAUCAAGAAAAGCACAUUUAAUAAAAAAAACAUUAUUAUGGUCUUACCUUCACUUAUAAAUGAAGUCCAUGUGCAGCUCCUUCUGAUCAAAAGCCUUGAUAACUUGUUUAUAGAAGUCUUCCUUAUCUUUCUUCAGUUUUGAAAGUCUCUCUGUCUCGAUGGAGAUCUUCCUUUAUUACCUCCUGCUUCGAUCUAAAGUCCAGUUUAGAAAAACGUUUUAUUUUAGAUAUGUAAUCGUCCAUGUUAAAAGUGCAAGCGAGAGGAAAAAAUAAACGCUUGUUGUCACUUCUUCUGCAGCCGAGUAGUCGCAAGAAGGAUCACUAGAGCCCUCUACCACCAGGAGGCGGGAGUCAUUUAAUGACUCAUAUUUGACACACGCAGCUAUGGUAUAUUAAUAAAACAUAGCUGCUUACUGUUCUUUUUAGCAUAUUCAAUAGCUUGGACCUUAAAUCCUACUGAAUAGCUUCUAAUCUUCUUCACUUUAUGCAAUUUCAAAUGAUUGAAAUCAGCCUCCUCCAUUUUGAAAAGGAUUACAGGUGAAGUGUCACUCGUAACGUGACGAGUUUGACCCGGUGGAUAGUUUAGGCAUAUGCUAAUUAUUUUGCGAAACGAGUUAGAAACGGCGCUAAUCCUGAGCCGGCGGUAAUGCUAAGCAUGCGCUAAUUAUUUUGCGAAACGAGUUUGACCCGGCAGUAAUUCUAGGCAGGGCCAUACUAUAUACCCGGCGGUAAUUCAAUGAUAUACGGUAAUUGAAUCCCAACUCAAAAACAAAUAAUGCUGAUAUCAGUUUGAACUUAAAACCUGGUCUCUAUUUCCUGUAACAGUUCCAGUGCAACCUCCAAAUCAAGACUGUACAAAGUAAACAAAGUUUUACUUUCA